AUGUUCAACAUGGCUACCCUGUACCGAGUGCCCUUCGCAUCCGUGAACGCCACCACGUCGGGUGAAGUGCCGGAGUUGUCAGGUUUCCGUUUGGUGAUCCAAAUGCCCUCGCCUGACGAGCCACUGCUCUGCUUGAUGCCGCGCUGCUGGAGAGCCAGCAUCUUCUUGAAGCCAGCCACAAACUCCUCUCCGGUGAAGUGCGCGAGCAUGUCCUCCAAACCUAUGUUCAACAUGGCCACCCUGCACAGCAUGUCCUUCGAGCCCACAAGCCGCAUCACGUCCGGUGAAGUGCAUGAGGUGCCAGGUUGCCGCUUGGUGAUCCAGAUGCCCUCGCCUCUUCUUGAAGCCAGACGCAAACUCCUCUGCCGCGUUGUAUGCGAGCAUGUCCUCCGAACCGAUGCUCAACAUGCGAUGAGAUCUCGGCCCUCCGCGUUGGCCCUGGCCCUUGUGGCCCUCGCGCUGGUGCUGGCUACCCGCCUUACGGCCAAGGCUCUGGGCUUCGUCGCAGCCCCUGCGCCAAGCACGUCCCUCCGGUCGCGGACGUCGCACUUGAUCGCACGACACGCAUCCAUGCGAGACAGCGAGGGCAACAAGGUCCGCGAGCCCAAGACCUUCGAUGCCUCCGAUGCGUCCAGCAUCUCAGGCGCCGUGAUGGUAGAGUACAAGAAGCGACCCUUCGGUGUGUUGGCCUAUGCUCCGAGCACCAAUGGCAAAGGUGCCAUGGUCUGGAAUUUGGGCGCCCCGCCUCGGUACCCCGGUGACCCACAGGGCCAGGCCAAUUCCGGCGGUGUGAAACAGUACAUGGCCGUGAAGAAGGUGAACGACAUCGAUGUCGCCACGUGGGAUUUCUGGGAUAUUAUGGACCUCCUGGACGACAAGAUCCUGGACAACUCUGCAGGUAUCUUCCAGUCGAGUGGAAGCGGCACGAUGGGCAACAAGCCGGCCGACCUUCCGGUGAGCAUCGAGUAUGUGGAGUUCUCCGACACCGGUGCGGCAGCAGCCCCGGCUGCGGCACCCGCUGCCUCCUCAGGAGAGAUGUUGGUGGAUCGUUCCGACGACCGCUACAAGGAUUUGCCCAAGGAUGCCACGAUUCGCGAGUACAAGAUUCCAGUUGCACCUCCCAGCUAUGCUCCCCAAGCUGUGGAAGGCCUCCGUGGCGCCGUGGCCAGCAUGCCGGAACCUACCAACCACGUUGGCCCACGCUACAUGGGGCCCGGCUCGCUGAACGAACAAAGCAUCCGCGAGAUGUUGGCGAGCUUCAAGAACGGCCAGCUGCUCCCCAUGAAGGAUGCAUACAAGCUCGCCAUCGAUGCCUUCGACAUCCUGGUGAAGCAGAAGACUCUGGGAAGGGUUGCAUCUGAGCUUCCAGAGCUCCCGGUUUAG